AUGUCUCGAGCUCACAAGACACAUCCAGAACUUGUCCUAGGAACCGCCAACUUCGGCUCAGCUAGCGACCCGAUAACCAAGACGACGACACCAGAGCGUGCAGCAGAACUUCUGACCAUACUGUACUCCUCCGGCUCUGACACAAUCGACACAGCCCAACGCUACCCACCGUUCGCACAGGGGACCAGUGAGAAACUCCUCGGCGAGACAUUCGCCCUCCUCCACAAAACCACCUCGACAACCACCAGUACUACAACUCCACACCAUGCCGUCCCGAGCAAAUCAACCAUCAAACUCGACACGAAAGUCCUCUCCAACCCCGGCGACCACACCAUACCACGCAUAAACGCCAGCAUCGCGUCGUCGCUCGCCUCGCUCGCCCCGGCCAAGAUCCAUACCAUCUACGCGCACGCCCCGGACCCGGACACACCACUGAGUUCACCGGCAUCAGCGUUCCACGACGCCGUUAUCGCCGGACACGCCGCGCAGUGGGGGAUCAGCAACUACAGUCUGGAACAAGUGCGCGAGCUGUUGCAGAUCUGCGACGCGCACGGCUGGGUUCGCCCGGCCGUCUACCAGGGCCGGUAUAACGCGGUGGCGCGCGGCGCCGAAGCCGAGCUGAUCCCGUAUCUGCACGGCCAGGGCAUUGCGUUCUACGCGUUUGCGCCCGGUGCGUCCGGUACCUUUGGUGCCGCGUCGCGGCUGGAGCUGCAGAAUGCGGUGGGCGAGGCCAUGCGAGGCGCGUACGGUGCGGAUCAAGUGAGGGUCGCGGUUGAGAGGGUGAGGAGCGUGGUGGCGGAAAAGGGCCUGGGAAGUGCGCAUGAGGUCGUGGUCAGGUGGGUUGUUUGGCACAGUGCCUUGGAUAGGAAGUUUGGGGACAAGGUCAUUUUUGGAACGGGUGGGCCGGAUCAGUUGAGAGCGAUGUUGGAGGCAGUGGAGAGGGGACCUUUGGAGCCGGAUGUCGUCGAGGUCGUGGAGCAGGUUUGGCCUGAAGUGUCGAGGAAAGAUUAA